AUGGAUUUGAUCAAGGAAUAUCACCUGAGUGGCAGCAAACCUUUGAAGCUUCCUGUAGACCCUCACAUGAAACUUACUCAUGACAUGGGGCCCUCUCUCUCACAACCUACUGACUACCAACAUCUAGUAGGUAAACUCAUCUACUUGACCAUAACAAGACCAGACAUAGCUUUUGCAGUACACAAUCUGAGCCAAUUCAUGCAAAGGCCCACUUCAGUUCAUAUGCAGGCUGCAAAGAGAGUCUUAAGAUACCUCCUAGGCAGCCCUGGACAAGGCAUUCUACUAGCUGCAAGAUCUUCUGCUCAUCUCACAACUUAUAUUGACAGUGAUUGGGCUGAAUGUCCAAUCUCUAGGAAAUCCACCACUGGCUUUUGUAUUUUACUUGCUGAUUCACUUGUACCCUGGAAAAAUAAAAAAACAACAGGUAGUUGCAAGAUCCAGUGCUAA